CUGGUCACGUGACUCCCGCACAGGCCUGCCGUCUGUUGUCAGCGGACGGAGAGGGAGGAAAGAACAUGGCGGCGACGAGCGAUCUGAAGCGGAGCGCCGGGCGUUCGUUUUGAGCUUUCUCGCGUUAACCGAGACCGCGGCUCCGCGGGACUAGUGCAUCCUCACCCGCGCGGGAUCAACUUUGCAGUGGUGCCCGAAAUUCCGGGUUUGGUGCGUGUAAAGUGCAGGCAAAACGCGAAACUGAGGAGAAUAGAUUUGUAUCCAUAAUGAGGGGGAGACGAGGCAGGCCGCCCAAAGCGCAGCUAAUGCAGGAGCCCACAACGGGGCCGGUGCGCGGUCUGAGACCCCGCCGGGGCUUGAGGGCGAAGCCGAAAGGGACCUGCGAUGAGGAUUAUGUCACCCCUAAACGGGGGACCCAUCAUCAUUCAACACGAGGCCGGAGGAAAGCGCGAUCCGCGGCAUCGAGGGCCAGAGGAAGAGGCAGGGGAACGGCCAGAGGCAGGGGGCGGCGGAACGCCGCGAGCGGGGUGGUUUACGACGACCACGAGAGCGACGAUGAGGAUGAAGAUGCGGUCAGUUUGAGAUCGGACGAGGAAGAAUACAUAGAGGAGCGUCUGACGGACGAAGAGGAGGAGGAAGAAGAGGAGGAGGAGGAGGCCAACGACGAGACCGACUACCUGGAGGAACUGGACGAUUUGGUAGAAGACGAUGCCAGUUACUGCACGGAGAGCAGCCACGGCAGCAACGCAGUAGGUCGUAAAAGACCAAGACCCAGGCGACCACCUUCUCCUAUUCUGGAGCAGAAGGAGAUUCCUACUCUGCAGCUGCCCAGUUCCUCCGAGGACAUUCUCAUUCCCAACGAGCAGCUACUCAACGCUUCGGCUAUUUACGAGGUCCUUCGCAGUUUCUGCACUGUCCUGCGUCUCUCUCCGUUCCGUUUCGAGGACUUCUGCGCCGCUCUGGUCGGACAGGAGCAGUGCACGCUGAUAGCGGAGACGCACAUCUGCCUGCUCAAGGCCAUCUUAAGGGAGGAGGACACCUCCAACACCACUUUUGGACCAGCGGACCUCAAGGACAGCGUCAACUCCACACUCUACUUCAUCGACGGCAUGACUUGGCCAGAAGUGGUGCGUGCGUAUUGCGAAAGCGACCCCGAGUAUCACCACGUGCUCCCUGACCUGGAGGGUGAAGACUAUCCGUUCAGCCCGCUGGAGAGCAAAGUCAAGGUCUUGCAGUUCCUGGUGGACCAGUUUCUCACCACCAACCUGGCCCGCGAGGAGCUCAUGUCCGAGGGCGUCAUCCAGUACGACGACCACUGCCGGGUUUGCCACCGGCUCGGCGACCUGCUGUGCUGUGAGACCUGCUCGGCCGUGUAUCACCUGGAGUGCGUGAAGCCUCCUCUGGAGGAGGUGCCCGAGGACGAGUGGCAGUGUGAGAUCUGUGUGGCACACAAUGUGCCCGGCGUGACAGACUGUCUGACCGAGUUCCAGAAGAGCCGGCCGUACAUCCGGCAGGAGCCCAUUGGUUACGACCGACAUCAAAGAAAAUACUGGUUUCUCAACAGGAGGGUUAUUGUAGAGGAAGAUGAAAAUAAGCAGAUCUGGUACUACAGCACUAAAGUCCAGCUGGCUGAGUUGUUGGAGAUUCUGGAUAAAGACUACUGGGAGAAUGACCUCUGCUCUGUGCUGGAGGAGAUGAGAGAGGAGAUUCACUCUCACAUGGACAUUACUGAGGAGCUCACUAACAAGGCCCGGGGGAAUAACAAGGCAUACCUCACCGUUGCCAACGAUGUGAUCCUGGACCGUCUGAAGACCAAGCAGGAAGCGGAGCUUGAGGAGGUGAAGCGACGAGUGGCAGAGGAGGCCGAGAGGGCCAGACUGGAAUCUAAAUCUGUGGCUGGUGAACCAGCUGCGGCCGAUCAGAUGAACUCGAACGGAUCAUGUCCACAACAGGACUCCAGUAACGGGAAUGCAACGAAUGAGCAAACUUCUGCAGAUGCCUCAGUCUCAGCUGUCCCAACUGGUGAGGUGGGCAGCACUAAUGUUCCUGAGCUCGCUGCAUCCAGCUCGGCCAUACCGACUAAAUCUGACUCCCAGAAUCCCACGGGAAAUGCCGUGACAUCGUCUUCCAGUGGUGAGGAGAGAGGGGAAGGGACUGAAGGGGUGAAAGAGUUGGCAGUUAAGAGCUCAGAGUCUGCUGGUCACGGAGAAGGAGAUUCUGUACUAGAGACUGAACCUGCACAAACAGCGGAUGAGAACAGCUGCAGCAGUCAUUUCUCCAUUUCUGAAUGCCUGCGAGGUCCAGAAGAGCCUGACCUGGUGGACCGGUCCUCACAGUCUUCUCUCAACAGCCAAGACGAUACAGGCGAGGGUAAAGCUAAUGGAGAUAGCGGCAAAACAGGAUCGUCGCGCAUGAUUACACGACUCCGAAACCCUGAUAGCAAGCUAAGCCAACGCAAGGUCAUGCAGGACAAAGAUGGCAGCUCUCAAGAUGGUAGCAGAGCACUUAAAGAGACUCCUCCACUGUCAUCCUUCGGCUCCUUUAAGAGAGAUUCAAACAAGAGCAGUGGCUUUUUCAAACUGGGCCAAGAGGGUAAAUUUCGCGUCUACCACAAUCAGUACAGCACUAACACACUUGCACUGAACAAGCACCAACACCGUGAGGACCACGACAAACGCAGACACCUCUCCCACAAGUUCUGCAUGACCCCUGCUGGUGAGUUCAAGUGGAACGGAUCACUGUACGGCUCCAAAGCCCUGACUGUGUCCACACUGAGAUUAACCAUCAUCCAGCUGGAGAACAAUAUCCCUGCUCCGUUCUUGCAUCCCAACUGGGCGUCACAUAGGUCAAACUGGAUAAAGGCUGUCCAGAUGUGCAGCAAGGCGAGAGAGUUUGCUUUAGCUUUGGCCAUUCUGGAGUGUGCAAUCAAACCAGUGGUCAUGCUCCCUAUGUGGAAGGAUUCUCUGGGUCACACAAGGCUUCAUCGCAUGACCUCUGUGGAGCGGGAAGAGAAGGAGAAGGUGAAAAAGAGAGAGAAAAAACUAGAAGAUGAAGAGACUAUGCAGCAGGCCACAUGGGUGAAGUACACUUUCCCCAUCAAACACCAGGUGUGGAAGCAGAAGGGUGAGGAGUACAGAGUAACUGGGUAUGGAGGCUGGAGCUGGGUGAGUAAGACGCACGUCCAUCGCUUUGUCCCAAAGCUACCUGGAAACACCAAUGUCAAUUACCGGAAAGCACUUGAGGCAGCUAAAACGGGAAUGGGCAAUCAGGCAGUUCUCCCAGAAAUACCAAAAACUUUGGUUAAAACAGAUGAAAUUUCAUUUCAAAAUGUGCCUGAAAAGGAUAACGUCCAGGACACGUCACUGGAUUCUUCUGAAGAAAAGCUACCUGUGGAGAAAGAUCCCAUGUUAAAAGAUGAAGAACAAAAUGAAGAAAAAGAGAAUGAAACGGCUGAAAAAAAGUGUGCUGAGAAAAAUGAAUCUGUGGAAGAAAUGGACACCAGCUCACCUAACUCUGUAAAUGAUGAAGCAGCUAACAUCACAAAUGCCUCAUCCGAUGACUCUCCUUUGAAAGGAGAGCCUUCGGAUAGAGAGGUAAUGAAGGAUAGUGCUCUGAAUCAACCCCAGCAAUCCUUCUGGCAUGAUGUUGUGAAUGUCAGUGACGGCUUCUUGCUACGCACGGCAUACAAGAAAAGGAAGGCAUCAAAACUUGAUGGACUUUUGGAGAGACGGGUCAAACAGUUCACCAUAGAAGAGAAGCAGAGGCAUGAGAAACUCAAGCAGGCCACCAAUUCUAAACCCUUGACUGAAAAGAUAAUGGAAAACAAGGAGACAACCUUUGCUGCUGAAGACCAAAAGGUCAAGAUUGAAGGAACUAUCUCUGAAACUCCAAAGUCUAGACAGACAGAGGGGGUAGCAUGUCUAGCAAUCCAAGAAAAAGACAAUGUGGUCAAAAAGCUUGAUUUUAAUCAAGAGGAUGAACAGGUGAAGACAAGCAUUUCAGGACAGAAGAACAUCCUGGACGUCAGAUUAAAUGACUUAGUGUGUGACUUAGCCCCUAAAGAACAUCAGCAGAAGUUGCCAGAGCCAGAACCUAAGACCACCAGUAGGGUGGCAAUGUCUGAGCUUAAUGGAAUCUCUCAAAGUCUGGAUCAAAGCUUGAACGCUAAACCUGAUAAAACCGUUACAGAAACUACAUGUCCGCCUGAAGACUCUGAGAGAAAGGACGUCAUUGAAAACAAUGAGAAUGACCUAGAUGUAAAGAGAACAGUGCCUGUGCAAGUAAAUGGGAAGGAUGGUCUUGUUGACACGGAAUGUAAGAAUUUGACUGAUAAUGUUAACACAAAGGAGCUAACCAAUACGGUUGGGGAGGAGAUUAAAGCAAUAUCACCAAAGGAACCAGUGAAGUCACUAAUGAAUGGUGACGCCACUCAAGAGUGUCUUAAAGAAUGGACUAAUAGCACGCUUCCUCAGGUGAGUUCGGAUGAGGAGAAAGGAGUUACCACGCUUGACCCAGAUUAUCCACCACCUCAGAAAGUGGCCAAGGUGGAAAACAACAUCGAAGGACCUGUAGACUCCUCUGUUAGUUCCUCUGUACCCGAACAGUCUUCUGUAGCUUCCGAGCCAAAUGCAAGAUCUGAGGUGCCUAGUCAUAGCUCAAAGGUGGAGCCGAUGCAAGUUGAGGAGGCAAAGCCUCCUGUUCCUUCACCCAUCCCUUCAGCUGAAGAGUCCAGCUUAAGCAGUGACCUCACUGAAAACAGCAGCAGCGUUAGCGAGACUACGACUGUCAUUACACAAGUCACCACAACUACAACCACAGUAUCCACAGAGUCUCGUAUGGUGUUGACCUCACGUGACAGUCUUGCUUCCAAUAACCGGAUCAGUACAUCUGUACCAUCAGAUUCUAAUGUGGAGUCUACCAGAUCGGUUUCGACACUCUCCUCUACAUCUACCACUACUGUUACCAAGGUUAUGAACUCAUCCCAGGAAGCUACUCUAACAAAAGAGUGCAAGACCACGGUCACGAAAACACUGACUGAUGCCAUGUCUAGUCCUAGUGGUUCCACUGUAAAAUCUAUGACAGUAAGUCACGAAUAUUCCACUAGGGACAGGGUACGACUGUUAAAGUUCUCUCAUAUCAAGAAAACAAGGUCCGGAACAGCCUUGCCCUCGUACCGCAAGUUUGUGACCAAGAGUAGCAAGAAGAGUAUCUUCGUGCUUCCCAAUGACGAGCUGAAGAAACUUGCAAGGCGCGGUGGCAUCCGUGAAGUUCCUAUCUUUAAUUAUAACUCCAAGCCAGCUUUAGACAUCUGGCCCUACCCAUCCCCACGACCAACAUUUGGGAUCACAUGGAGGUAUCGUCUCCAGACGGUGAGAUCUUUGGCUGGAGUGAGCCUAAUGCUACGGCUACUUUGGGCCUGCCUCAGAUGGGAAGAUAUGUCUGUGAAACCCUCACCCACAGGAGGAACAACACGAACAGAGACAUCUGACACUGAUAUCACCACCACUGAGAUCAUCAAGCGGAGGGAUGUUGGUCCUUAUGGCAUUCGUUCUGAGUAUUGCAUCAGGAAGAUCAUUUGUCCCCUUGGGGUGCCUGAGACUCCCAAAGAAACUCCCACUCCUCAAAGGAAAGGCCUUCGUUCAAGUGCUCUGAGGCCAAAGAAGCCAGAACCAGCUAAGCAGACUGGGCCUGUUGUGAUCGAAACCUGGGUGGCCGAGGAAGACCUGGAACUCUGGGAGAUUCGAGCCUUUACUGAAAGGGUUGAGAGGGAAAAGGUACAAGCAGCUGACCCAACUAAGGUUAGUGUGCAGAAGAAAGCAGAGGAGGUCAAGGCCCAAUUGGAAGCUCAGCUAAAGCAGCAGAGAUUGGCAGCCCAACAGAAACGGCUGGAACAGCAGAAACCUAGCAGUACCAACAACACAUCCACCUUGACCAGCACUCCUACAACCCCUGGGACCACUACUCAAAAGGUGGUGGUGGGCUCUAUUAGCGGUCAGGUAACUUCAGCGCCAAAAGUUAUAAUGACCACCAAGUUGGGCUCUCCAGUGACAUUCCAGCAAAACAAGAACUUCCAGCAGUCCUUUGCUUCCUGGGUCAAGCAGGGCCAACAAGGCAACUCAGUCUCUACCAGUUCGGUUGUGACUGUGGCGGCGAGUAGCGCCACCACGUCUGGGCAAACGUUCCACAUCGCUGCUGCAGCGGGGUCGAUGGCCGGCAGCGUCAUCGCUGCUAAACUACCUGUUCCAGCCAACAGCAAGAUAGUCACAGUGAACGUGCCAACCACUCAAGGAGGCUUGGUGCAGGUACAGCAGAAGGUGGUGGGCAUCAUUCCAUCAAGCACAGCGGGCACCGCACAGUCCUUCCCUGCAUUCCAGCCGCGUAUGGCCACCAUCAACAUCAGACCCAACACAACCACCUCCACGCAGCAGGUCCUUACGACUGGAACCGCCCUCCGACCAGGGAUGACUGUGAUACGCUCUCCUCUGCAACAGACCACCGCCCUGGGCAAGACUAUCAUUCGCACGCCCCUGAUGGUUCAGCAAGGUCAAGCACAACAGACAGUGCAAACGAGUUCAGGCGCUCAGGUGGUGGGUACUCCUCGCCUUUCCACACCAAACCAAGCCCAAACCCCACAGACACCCUCUUCUCCCCGGCCACAGCAGGGUCAGGUCAAACUCACUCUGGCCCAGCUCACACAGCUCACUCAGGGGACUCAGGGAGGGAACCAGGGCUUGACGGUUGUGAUCCAGGGCCAAGGUCAGACCACCGGCCAGCUGCAGGUCAUUCCUCAGGGGGUGACGGUCAUUCCGGGGCCCGGUCAGCAGCUCAUGCAGGCAGCCAUGCCCAAUGGCCAAGUCCAGCGGUUCCUGUUCACACCCAUGGCCCCUGCACCAGUGUCUGCCCCCGCUGCCCCCUCCACAACAACCUCAUCAGGCAUCCCAGCCACAGCUGCACCAGCUGCUGCCACCAGCACAACUCCAGCACCCAUUCAGCCAGGUCAGACUGUCCUUCCUCAAACUUCAGUCCCGCCCCCUACACCUGUCCCCACCCCCCAAAUAGCACAGGUGACGGCCACCGCACCUCUACAACAGGUCACCACCCUCCCCAUCGCCCAGACCACCGUUACCAAAGUCCAGUCCCAGAUCCAGCUUCCCCCGCAGCUCCUCAGCGUCCCCGGGCUCCAGCAGCAGGUCAUCUCCCACAUCCAGAGUCAGGUAGCGGCCCAGAUUCAGGCUCAGGUCCAGCAGGUCGGGACCACGGCCGGGAUGCCCCAGCAGAUCAAACUGCAGCUGCCCAUUCAGAUCCAGCAGCAGGGCGGAGGGCAAGACCAAGCACACCAGAUCCAGAAUCUGGUGACCAUCCAGACGGCCAGCGUACAGGAGCAGCUCCAGCGCAUCCAGCAGCUCUGCGAACAGCAGCAGCAGCAGAAGAAGAAACAGCAGGAGGCUAAGAGAGAGCAGGCCCAGCAGCACGUCAGCCAGAGUGAUCUGAUACAGAAACAGGUGGCUCAGAAGCAGAAUGUGGCCAUAGAGCAGUUGAAACAGAAGAAAACCAUGACUCCUGCUGAAAGAGAGGAGAACCAGAGGAUGAUUGUCUGUAACCAGGUGAUGAAGUUCAUCCUGGAUAAAAUCGAUAAGGACGAGAGGCAGGCGGCUAAAAAGAGGAAACGAGAGGAGUCGGUGGAGCAAAAGCGCAGCAAGCAGAACGCCAGCAAGCUGUCGGCUCUGCUCUUCAAACACAAAGAGCAGCUCAAGGCUGAUAUCCUGAAGAAAAGAGCUCUGCUUGAUAAAGAACUACAGCUGCAAGUGCAGGAGGAGUUGAAGCGCGAUCUCAUUAAACUGCGGCGGGAGAAGGAGAAAGCUCAGGCUGCGGCUGCACAAGCUGCAGCAGCUGCCGCGGCCGCCAGCGCACACGUGCACAGCGGUCUCUCCUCGUACACGGCCACGGUCACGUCCCCCUCCACGCACAAACGCAAGCGGGAAGAGGAGAGAGACGCUUCCAAGUCCAAGCGCAAAAAGAUGAUCUCCACUACCUCAAAGGACAGCAAGAGGGACAUCAAGUUAUACUGCAUCUGCAAGACGCCCUACGAUGAGUCGAAGUUCUACAUCGGUUGUGACCUCUGCUCUAACUGGUAUCAUGGAGAGUGUGUGGGCAUCACCGAGAAAGAGGCCAAGAAGAUGGAUGACUACAUCUGUUCAGAAUGUAAACGAGCUCAGGAGGGAAGCACAGAGGAGCUCUACUGCAUCUGCAGAACUCCAUACGACGAGUCCCAGUUCUACAUCGGUUGCGAUCGCUGUCAGAACUGGUACCACGGGCGCUGCGUGGGCAUCCUACAGAGCGAAGCCACACAUAUCGACGAGUAUGUGUGCCCGCAGUGCCAGUCUACAGAGGAUGCCAUGACGGUCCUGACGCCGCUCACAGACAAAGACUACGAGGGGCUGAAGCGGAUCCUGCGCUCCUUACAGUCCCAUAAGAUGGCGUGGCCAUUCCUGGAACCAGUGGAUCCAAAUGAUGCUCCAGAUUAUUAUGGGAUCAUCAAGGAACCAAUGGACCUUUCUACAAUGGAGGAGAGGAUCCAGAAGCGCUUUUACAGCAAACUCACAGAGUUCGUAGCAGACGUGACCAAAAUCUUUGACAACUGCCGCUACUACAAUCCCAGCGACUCGCCUUUUUACCAGUGUGCUGAGUUCCUGGAGUCUUUCUUUGUACAGAAACUCAAAGCUUUCAAAGCAAGCAGGUCUCAUAACAACAAACUACAGUCAUCAGCCUCAUAGAAUACAACCACAUGCUGUUCUAAAUAAACUUUGAACAUUUAAUUCAAGAUGGAACUCUAUCCCAGUCAGCCAGCACCGCACAUAGCCACAGCGUUUGGUGGAAUAUCGGACAUAAAAGCUGUGGGUUUGGAUCAAGAAUGGACGGUUUACAUUUUUGGUUGUUAAAGCAGUGAGUUUAGACUGGGAUGCACUCCUAUUGGAUUUCUUUGAGGAUUAAAUACCUACAAAAAAUGUAUUUGUGAGUUUUUAAAACCCUCCGGAAUCAUGUUCGCAUUUUCCAGGACAGCAGGAGUCUAAGUGCACCAGUUGUUUUUUCCCCCCCUUUAUAUGAUUCAGCAUACUACUUCAGAAGUGGAAAGUGGACGCAAUCUGCUAAUUGGUUUUUAAGCAAUGGGGUUGAUCAAGUUACUUAAACUAAAAAGUGUUGCUCUAAAAAGGCAUUGAGGACUGAUGAAAGUACUAGUCAAGAAGGUAUCCUGUUUGUAUAACUUGUCUUUUUUUUCUUUUUGUAUUACAACUGAAGAAAUAUUGAUGUAUAUGAAACAAAUAAAUGGAGGGGACAGGAUUCUCUCUUCUACAUUGA